ACUAGAAUGAUGGAUUUGGCCCGGCAGUAUCGACCGCACGAAUCGAUCUGCAGUUUAGUCAAUACGGUGGGUUCGCAUAUCUCGCGUGAAUUGCGCUCCAAAAACCUGUUUGAAUAAUAAAAAUCCGCUUUGGUUGUGCGAGUUUUCGAGUAGUUUACUAAUCAAGAUGGACGCGGACUCGCCUGAGGUCUCCGGAAGCGGAAGUAGCAAAGAAUACAAGUCCGGCGUCAGACUGGUCGUGUUAAAUCUGCCUGAAGAUGAGGGAGAGGGUCUUGGUUUCCGGCUCACGAGAACACUGUGGGAUCCAUAUCCAUGGGUUCGUGACGUCACAGCGGGAUCGCGAGCUGACCAUGCCGGACUCCAAGUAGGAGACUGCCUGCUACAAGCUGAUGGGAAGGACCUUCUGGGACUACCGGUGGGGCAAGUGGCAGGCUUGAUAAGGGGCGACGGCGCUGGUAGAGGAGUGUCUCUUUUGGCCUGGAACUGUGGAGUGGACCCCAAAGAAGACCCCGAAUUACUGUGGAGUUGCGGCGGCGGCGGUCGCGGGGAGAGCGCGCGGCGCGCGUUGUCGGGCGUGCUGCGCGCGCUCACCUGCAGCGUGUGCGCCGCCACCGCCGCGCGACCGCUCACCUGCGCGCGCUCACAUCUCUACUGCACCGCUUGCUGGUCCAGACUGGAACGUUGUGCAUUAUGCAGGGAACCGCUACCGGCGCAAGACUCCCCCUACGCCAGAAACUUAGUUGCAGAACAGGUAUUCGAAGCCAUAGCAACAGAAUACGAAAUAAAAAACACAUUAAAAAAACAACGCGAGACUGUGUCAGCUCAGAACACUCCCAACCGAACACCGAACCUGUCGCCGGCUGUGAGCCGAAGAGGGCAAUACCAACACUCCAUGAUGCACAAAAAGAAAGCUGUACAAUUCACAGAGAGAGGACAGAAUUUCAGCUCUGACCCAAACAUUCACAGAUCAUUGAAUCACGAGCUCACCAGACAAACGCCGAAAACUACUAAUAAUCCGCAUGUUUUGACGGCUGGCAACACCGAAUGUAAAUGUCAAGUGAAUACUCAAGUGCCACACAUUAGAAUAGAAGACACAGAUGUGUGUGAGAGCAAUAGUAGUAUAUGUUCGUCCAUUCAACACAAACUGGUUUCGAGGUUGCGCCCAGCUUGCUCUUUGGCUGACUUGCAAAACAUCGCCCUUCAAUCGUGUCAAAUAACUAGGUCAUUAAACAGCUUGGGCGAUUGCAAUGUCCAACACACUGCAUCGUUGGAGAAUUUGAAGAACACUGAGGGCUCCGUGAUUCUGUUACCCUCCCUGCCAAUCUACGUACUCCCAGUGCCAUGUGAUCAAAAUAAAAAUUAAGAAAAUUUUUUUGUAAAUAGAUAAAAGAUAUUAUAUUAUU